AUGGCUGAUACCGAAAAGGCGCCGCAGCCGCAACCUCAACAGCAGCCGCAGCAGCAAGACCAGCAACCUCAACCGCAACAGGGUAAAGCCGUUAAACAAAAGCAGGUCAUUGCUGAGAAGGUUUCGGGCACCGUCAAAUGGUUUAACGUCAAGAGCGGAUAUGGUUUCAUCAAUAGGAAUGACACGAAGGAGGAUGUGUUCGUGCAUCAAACAGCGAUCGCUCGCAACAACCCGCGCAAGGCUGUGCGCUCGGUGGGCGACGGUGAGGCGGUGGAGUUUGCCGUGGUCGCCGGGGAGAAAGGCUACGAGGCCGCCGGAGUGACCGGGCCCGGCGGCGAGCCGGUCAAGGGCUCGCCCUACGCAGCUGACAAACGCCGCGGCUUUCCUCGCCAGUACUAUCCGCGUCAAGGCGGCGGACGUGGUGGUGAGGGCGCUCCACGCAGGGGUGGCAUGGGACGUCGCGGGCCCCCAGCCAAUCAGGGGGGCGCGCAAGGGGAUGAGGGGCAAGAAGGUGGAGCUCCACCUCAGCGCAGCUACUUCCGGCGCAAUUUCCGUGGCGGGCGCCGUGGCGGCGGACCGGGCCCGAUGAACCGUGGCGGGUACAGGCGCGCUCGCCCGCGCAGCGGCUUCCCACCGGGCGGAGCGCGCGGCGACGAGGCUGCCGCGCAGGCCGGCCAGGCUGCGCCCGUGCAGGCCCCCGCCCAGGGCCAGGGCGCCGCCCAAGGAGCGCCCGCCGCACCGGCACCGGCGCCUACCGCUGACCAGCCCAAGGCGAAGGCCAAGGGCGGCGCCACGCUGGACGCGGCCACCACCAACGAGAGUCAGGCC